CGGCGCCCGGCAGAAAGGCGGCAUGGCGUCCGACAACGAACUCCGCGAUCUGGCCAAGUGGAAGCGACGCGUUGAAGAAAACAAGUACAUUAGAGAGAACUUGCUCGGCCAGGCCAACAUGCUGUCGUACACGAUGCAGCGCUUGAGUGCGAGACAUCGCGGCCUCGGCAUGGUCGACCUGUACACGAUUUGGAGAUUGCUAGGCCAAGGGUAUUCAAUCGACGAGCGCGAUGAUAAUGGUGUUCCACCUUUGGUGCAUUGCGCAGUUGUAGGCAUCGCCGUGCACCGACGAAAGUAACGUGAUACAUGUACUAGCGAGGGUGGAUGGGAGUCAUUCUUUUGUUCAGCCAGCACACGUACAACGUUGACGUUACGUCCACGUUCCAAGAAACGGCAGUCAGCGCGGCAUGUCGCCGUGGCCACUUGAGUAUUGUGCGCUACUUAAUUCACAGAGGGGCCGACUUGAGCGUGUGUGAUAAAAGUGGCUUUUCGUGCCUUCGUUGGGCGGCAAAACAUCGCAACAAACCGCUCGUUCGGCUGCUCUUGCAACGUGGAGUGUCUGUGCGAAAGGAUUGUAGUUCUAGCUACCAUUCGGCGUUGGACUGGGCUCGAGAAAACCACGAUGAAGACAUUGAAGGCAUGCUGAUGGCCGUUCUAAUUGAGGAGAAACGAAACCAGAGGACCAAGUUGCAGCAAGCUGCUGCGGGAAAUGAGACUGGAAUUCCUGCGCGCGCAGCGACAGCAGUCGUUGUGAAGACAUCCCAAGACAUCAAGGAAGAACAGCGCCAAGAACGCGUCGAUCAGGCCGCUCGAGAUCGCGACACUGCAUUCAGGGAGCGUGUGGACGUGUUGUACAACAAGCAAACUGUGCAGGAUAUCAAGCGUUUUCGCCCCAUGGAGGAGUCCGAGUCCCCAGUUCCAAUGGCUGAAACCGAGUGGCGCAAGAAGAAAGCCAUGACGUGGGAGCGUGUGGCAGUCCCCCCCAAACCGCAAGAGCCAGCCAGUCCGCAUGUGGACAUGAACAGGAUUCGACAGCUUAUCGCGAUCGACGGUGUCGAGGAUGGCGGCAUGCUCGACAUAGACGCAAUGGCAAUGUUUGCUCAAAAAGCCAAGCCGAAGCCAGCGUCACUGCAGUUUUAUUGCCCCGAUUUUGAAUGAAUCCGACGUCCGCCCGACCUCAGUUUGACGAAGUCAGGCGGGCGGUGGCAAUUCAAACUCUUUAUCAAAACACGGCGGUGGCAGACGCCAAGUGGAUGCAUUGGGUUGGCAAAGAUGUGAGACCACCCAUUGGUUCAAGUCCUCAGACGAUGCUGCGAACGAAUGGCGUGGCAUGUCCUCGCCAGCCACGACCUCUUGUGCUUGGUCGGGCGGUAUCCUGCUAGUUGACCUAGGCAACUAGUUGCGGAUGCACAUCACUGAGAGCUCGAUCCAACGCAUCAUAGCCCUCUCGUUGUCAUGAAAAAUAUACAUGUGCGCUUGGAUUUCGACUCCAAGGCCAGCGCUUCACAUUGC